AUGAAAAUUUUGGUGGCGGCCGAUGAUACAGCUUCGGGGAAGUUAGUUGAGUGUAAUAGAGGUACGGAUACAUCCAAACAAGUUGCUCCCCAACCUAAAUCCAUUGAAAAUUGUUUCACAAUACCAAAAUUCAACUAUAGCUCAAGAAUAAAGCACUUGAUUAAUUACAAUUACCGAUACUUUAUUGCUUCUAGAAUUGAUGGAACUGUAUCGGUAUACGACUAUGAAGAGGACCCAAGUGCCGAGAAAACUUUAGCAGAGGAUGAAAAAGACGAAUUGGAUACAAAAGCUGAGUUGUUUAAACAUUUGCAUGAUUACAAGGUCCCCAUCGCAGCCAGCGACAAGCCGAUAGGGUUAUUCAAGCUUGAAAAAUUGGAUAGCAUUUUAAUACCAUACACCUCGGGUAGAACUUUCUUGAUUUACGUGGGUGAUUUUAAAUUCGAGCCAUUUGAAAUAGAGUUGCCUAAUGAAAGUCCCAUCGAAGCAUUUGCAGUUAAUCCCGAACAUGAAAAUAUUAUCGCUUAUGGGGGUAAAGAAGUAGAUUUGAAAGUACUUGAAUUGCAUGAUGAAAAGAUCAACAGCUCAGUAUUUAAAAAAGAUUACAAAAAACAUUUCAACCCGAAAGUUGUCUUUGCAGCCAAGAAUGUCAAAAAUGAUCAUUUAGACUUGAGGAUUCCCAUUUGGAUUACCAACAUUUUGUUUUUCAAGAAUGACUCGAAAAAUAAUUAUAAAGUGUUGACAUCAACACACUACGGACACUUGAGAAUUUACGAUUCAACUCACGGGCGAAAACCAAUGAAGAACUAUCAAGUUUCACAAGAUCCAAUUUUGACAUUAACAUUUUCUGACGAGGGCCAAAAAGAGGUUAUAAUUACCGGGCCCAAUAGCUUGAUUGCCAAGUAUUCCUUGACAUUGAUUGACGAAAAGGCCUUCAAAACCAACUCAGCUACAGCAGGCGAGAUAGUGAAAGCAGUGCCAAAAUUGCUAGGUAAAUAUACUGGUGGAAAUACUGGUGCAUCGUACGCAGUUGAGGUUCUUGAAAAUGUUGUUGCUGUUGCUGGAUUAGAUAGGUAUCUUCGAGUUUUUGAUGUCGAAAGUCGCGAAUUGUUAGCAAGGGUUUACCUCGGAGUCGAGGUUAGCUCGUUAAUAGUAUUGGACGAUGAAGAUGAAGAAGAGGAAGAGGUGAAACGCAAGAGAGAAGCUGAAGUGGAAGAAGACGAGGAAUUGUGGAACCAAUUGGACAAAGAAAAGAAGAAGCAAAAAACUUCUACCUAG